AUUUUGUCCCAGCUGGCGCUCCGUAACGUGAGAGGCGUUCACAGGACUGUUGUGGUAAAAAGAAGCUUUUUCUCACGACAGCAGCCCGUGUGAUAUUUUUCCUUUCAACAGCAGUGAACAUAGCAGAGCAGGAGCGGGUGGCAGCGGGAGGAGAGACUCGUGCAGACCGAAGAAGCGGCAGUGUCUGGUGACCCCAGGUGACCCCAGGUGACCCCAGGUGACCCCAGGUGUCUGCAGACAGGAUGAGCUCUAAAGGGGGCGGCACCGCUCUGACACGCCGCAACUACAGACUGGCUUCAGACACAGACAAACCCAAAGCCACAGGUAUCGUGAAUGAGAAGUUGCUGAGCGACUACCUGCACCAUGUGUUUCCUUCCACCAAACAGGGACCUGCUCUGGCCUCCCUCAGGAAGCCUCUUGGUUUCCAGGAUCUUGGUACUCACCUGGAGAGAUUGUUGUCUGAAGGAGAACCCACUGAGGACAUCAGAGAUCAGCCUGUCGAAGGCCGUCUGGGCCCCCAGCCGGUCGUCCUGGAUCACACCAGCGGCUUCGAAGGACUUCUGUUUGUAGAUGACGACCUGCUCGGGGUCAUCGGCCACAGCAACUUCAGCUCCAUCAGAGCCACCACAUGUGUUUAUAAAGGGAAAUGGGCGUACGAGGUGCUGAUCUCCUCCCAGGGUCUGAUGCAGAUCGGGUGGUGUACUCUCAACUGUCGCUUCAACCAGGAGGAGGGCGUGGGCGACACUCCUGACUCCUACGCUUACGAUGGAAACAGAGUGCGAAAGUGGAACGUGACCACCACUAACUAUGGAAAGUCGUGGGCAGCUGGAGACAUCGUCAGCUGUCUGAUAGACCUGGACGAGGGAACCAUCACGUUCUGCUUGAACGGCCAGUCUCUGGGCACAGCGUUCACCGACAUCAAGAUGGGUCCAGGCGUGGCGUACUUUCCCGCCAUCAGCCUCUCCUUCAAAGAGUCGGUGGCCUUCAACUUUGGCAGCAGACCUCUCAGGUACCCUGUGGAAGGCUACCUGCCCCUCCAGAACCCCCCAACUGCAGACUUGGUGAAAGCUCAGAAACUCCUGGGCUACAUCAAGAACGUCCUCUCCACCUCCCUCGACACGCAGGAGGAGAGGUUGGUGGAGCAGGACUGUGCAGCCUGGAGGCUUCACGGAGAACCCACGGUCCUCGUCACUCUGGCUCACAUCUUCAACCACUUCGCUCCAUUAAUGUGUAAAGUUUACCUGGUGGAGGACGUGCUGAUGAACUUCCUGUUGGGGAUUCUGGAGGGAGGAGGCUCAGUGGAUGAACAUCCGCUCAUACAGCAGCUUCUGGAUCUCUUCUGGCUGCUAAUGGAGGACUAUGAAGUGAAUGAGUGUCUAAAGCAGCUGAUGAUGUCCCUGCUGAGGGCCUACCGCUUCUCCCCCAUCAUCCCCGACCUGGGCUUCCAGAUCCACUACCUGCGUCUGACCACGGCCAUCCUGCAUCACGAGAAGUCCAGGAAAUACCUGCUGAACAACGUCUUGUUCGAUGUUCUGCGUUCGGUUGUGUUUUUUUACAUCAAGACUCCGCUGAGAGUGAAGGAGGCGGGGCUAGAGGAGCUCAUCCCGACCACCUGGUGGCCCACGCACUUUGACAAGGAGGGGAAAGAUGAGCGGGAGCCCAAAGACGAAAGUGCAGAUGAGCGACUGAGGCGGCGAGCGUACGAGAGAGGCUGUCAGAGACUGAAAAAGAGGAUUGAAGUUGUGGAGGAGUUGCAGGUCCAGAUCCUGAAGUUGCUGCUCAAUAACAAAGACAAAGCUACGGGGGAAGCCUCUCGCUACAUUUUCCUCAAUAAGUUCAGGAAGUUUCUCCAAGAAAACGCCAGCAACAGAGGGCACCCGACAGCGCUUUGCCCUCCAGAGUACAUGGUGUGUUUCCUCCACCGCCUCAUAACGGCUGUGAGGGCCAGCUGGGACGAAGGCAACAGGAAGACUCCUGGCAGCGUCAGCAGUGAAGAGGCCUACGUCCCUCCCCAGCUCUUCUACAACGGGAAGGUGGACUACUUUGACCUACAGAGACUCGGGGGCCUCCUCUCCCACCUGAAGAAAACACUCAAAGAUGACUUGGCCAGUAAAGCCAACAUUAUCAUCGACCCUGCAGAGAUCCAGGCCACAUCCAUGGACGACCUGGAUGAGGAUGAGGAGAGCGGAGCAGCUCAGAGGCCGUUCGGUGCUGCGGCGAUGGGUGGCGCUCUGGCGAGGCCCAGCUGGUUGAGCUCUCCCACGCUGGGUCGAGCCAACCGUUUUCUGAGCACGGCCGCCGUCAGCCUCAUGACUCCCAGACGACCCCUCACACAGCCGGAGAAAGUGAAAGUCCGGACCCUCGCUGUGGAGCAGAGGACCGAGGAGGACAUUGAGGGAAGCCACGGUAACGACGGGCUGCUGCUGGGGCGACCGGUGGAGGAGCCCGAUCAGCCAAUCGCAGACAAGUCCCUGCUGGAGAUUGUGGACGGAAUUGUGAUGAUGUACAACCUGAGUGUUCACCAGCAGCUGGGAAAGAUGGUGGUGGUUUCAGAUGACGUGCACGAGUACGCCGUCGCACUGAAGGACACCGAGGAGAAGAUCGCACGAUGCCCUGCGAGAAGACCAGACAUCCUGGAGGAGCUCCAGAAAAGCCAGAAGGUUUUUGCAGAGAAGCUGAACCACCUGAGCCGGAGACUGGCCUGGAUCAACGCCACCAUCUACUCCAAGGACAAGAUGUUGGAUGUGUACUGGCUGCUGUGUGUUUGCAUUCGGACCAUCGAACACGCCGACAACACCGGGUCUUUGUUCGCCUUUGCUCCAGAGUUCUACCUCAACGUGGCCAUGAAUGCAUACAGCGCCCUCAAGAACUACUUCAGCCCUGCAAACAGCAUGGAGGAGCUGCCAGGCUACGAGGAAACCUUGACUCAGCUAGCUGCUAUCCUUGCCAAGCACUUUGCUGACCCACGUAUUGUAGGAACAGAUAUCAAAGACUCUCUGAUGCAGGCUCUGGCCAGCUACGUCUGUUACCCACAAUCCCUCAGGGCAGUGGAGAGGAUUCCAGAGGAACAACGUGUUGCCAUGAUGAGGAAUCUGCUGGCUCCGUAUGAACAGAGACCCUGGGCUCAGACCAACUGGAUACUGGUCAGACUGUGGAGGGGCUGUGGUUUUGGCUACAGAUACACUCGCCUUCCUCACCUCCUGAAAACCAAACCAGAGGACGCCAACCUUCCCAGUCUGCAGAAGCCGUGCCCGUCGUUGCUGCUGCAGAGGCACAUGGCGGAGCUGCUGAGCAUGGACAAGGACAUGGCCGCCUCCUUCCUCAACAGCGUCCUGAACCAGCUCAACUGGGCCUUCUCCGAGUUCAUCGGCAUGAUCCAGGAGAUCCAGCAGGCUGCAGAGCGUCCAGAGAGAAACUUUGUGGACACUCGUCAGCUGAAGGUUUGCGCCACCUGCUUCGACCUGUCGGUCAGCCUGCUGCGAGUGCUGGAGAUGACGGUCACUCUGGUACCGGAGAUCUUCCUGGACUGGUCCCGUCCCUCUGCAGAGCUGCUGCUCAGACGACUGGCUCAGCUGUUGAACCAGGUGCUGAACAGAGUGACGGCAGAGAAGAACCUGUUUGAUCGCGUCGUCAACUUGAGACUGCCAGGUCUGGAGAGCGUAGACCACUACCCCAUCCUGGUGGCUGUUACAGGCAUCCUGGUGCGAAUCCUGGUGGACGGAGACAGACAGGGGAUCUCUCGAGCCGCCUCCGUCCUGCUCUCUGACCCCUGUUUCCAGCUCCACUCCAUCCAGCACCUGUUAGGAGAGGAGCAGAGUCCACCAGCUCCUCAGCAGCCAUCACCUCCACCGCCCCGGAAGCACUUCUCCCUGCACGCAUACACAGACUACAUCAGCGAGGAGGAAAAACAGAAGGUGGAGCUGAUGUUGUCGUUUCUCACAGAGGAAUCCAAACAGGCUGCAGCCAGCACAGCUCCGACCAGCGAAGAAGACCUCUGCCCCAUCUGCUACGCUCACUCCAUCUCUGCCGUCUUCAAGCCCUGCUCCCACAAGUCCUGCAAAGCCUGUAUCAACCAGCAUCUGAUGAACAACAAGGACUGUUUCUUCUGCAAAGCCACCAUCACCGGGGUCGAAGACUACAGCAAGCCCGCCGCCUCCUAACACACACACACACACACACACACACACACCACUGAACCCAAAGAUUUCUCACAGAGGUCUGUACUGUAUGUUUGUUUUGGAUUCUCCACAGAACGUCUUCUCGCUCUAACUUAAGAAACAUUGAGGGUUGAGAUUUUGGAGCCGUUUGUCCCGUUGUUACCUUUACUUCUGGUUUGGGAGGAAGUUAGCGAAACAAACACUGUGUGUGAGUGAAUGUGUGUUACGACUAAAGUCACGUGUACUGUACAGAGAAAAAUGCGGAAUUACUGUCAGAGACGAGACGUUGAUGUGCGAGACUGAAAGCUGAGGCAGGAGCAGGAUAUUAUCGGACAUGCAGAGUGUCUGAUAAUAUCGGUGUUGGUCACAUACAUGUAUUUAAACACGUUACAAGCGCCGGUUCCCACCAUGGGUUAGGACCCCCCUAAUGGGUCCCAAGAUACAUCUGAGGAGGUCGUAAGAUCAUUUAAAGAUUCAAAUAUUUUUCCCCGGCUUUUUAAAAAAACACAAAUUGAAACAAUCUGACAAAAUUAAACCGUCUUUCUGGUGUGUUCAGAUUUAAACGACACUAAAUCUCUGGUGUCCAACACAUCUGUAAGAUUUAACUCCCCACACAUAUAUUACAAUAAAUACUUUUGUUUUGCAGACACCCUCCUUGGGUUUUUUACUCGCGGGGGAUGCAUCUAAAAUUGCACAUCUUAAACAGUCGGCCUGAUGGUCGCAUGUCUAAAACCGGACAGACGCUGUACAGACGAAGACUGUUCAAGGUCACGACGUCUGAUUAAUCUGAUCGGUUGGUUUUCGGGCAACGUCGUGAAUUAAUAAAAAUGUACAGUGUCUGCUCGGCUGAAAACAUUCACACCUGCAGAUCAUUCGGAUCCACUGAGGGAGGAGGACGAGAAACAUCCUGCAGGAAGACCUCAGUUUGACCAGUUUAAAUCGAUCACCUUCCUGCUAGACUUGCCAAUAGAUUUUACUUCCCAAGUUCUGUGAUGUUGAUACACAAACACAGAUUUCUAUUAUAAACAGCUGAUGCAGCAGUGAAAAAAAAACACACAGUUUCUGCUGUUUUUUCUUACCUAGAAAACAGGACACACACAAACAUGUCUGCGCUGUGACAAACAAUCACGAUGUAGAGAGACGACAGGACUCUGUGUUCUUAGUACAACAACAACAACACACAGUCCUGUGGCACUAACUUUGUAGGGUCUCGUUAUGCAUUCAAGAGCUGGCUGUCAUAGUAACACAACAAGUCACCUGUAGCUGUCAGUGCAGGUACACAGUUAUACAAGCCCUUACAGGAACAGGAUGGCAGGCCUAGACCUUUACCUACAUGCUGGAACCUGACAUGAACCCUAAAACCAAGUCUUGACCCUCAGAAAGCACAUUAAAAUUGUGGGGUCCAGCAUUUUGGACCCCACAAAUACAGUAAAACAAGCUUUUCACACACACACACACACACACACACACAGGCUAAACUGAAGCGGCCAAACAACUCCCCAAUAAAAUAAAAAGUCCUCCAUGGGAGGACAGCAGCGUCCUUGAGUGAGAGAACUAGCUGUCAAAUUAGCACAACAAUUCACCUGUAGCUGUCAGUGCAGGUACACACACACAGCUACACACAGCUACACACAGCUACACACACUCCUCUACAAGCCCUUACAGGAACAGGAUGGCAGGCGUGUGCCACACAAUAACACAUACAGGCAGGGAACAUGAAAGCUCAUACCUCACCCCACCUGUGGAUGGAUGGAUUACUGAACGGGCCCACCAGGUACGGGGGGGGGGAUCAGACAAACUCACAGAGACACAAAACUUUGUUGUCGUUUUUUUUGUCUCUGGGGGUCUUGCUUCUGUCUGGGGGGCCCGUUGUCUCACAAAUCCAUCCGUGACCCCGGCCUACAGGUGCGCAAAUACUUUCACACAAACGUACUGUAAACAUGAUCAACACAUUACAGGGAGUACAGCCAUUGUUACUUAGAAAACACACUUUAACAAACGCUGUUUCAUCACACUUUAAGUCCCUCAUACGCUGCUGGAGAGAAGUAAUGUGACAAACUUGUUUCUAGAGUUAAACAUGUAGUGAAAUCCUCUUCUCUUUCUUACAGUGAAUAUGAAGCUACGGCCUGCUUGUCUUAGCUUAGCAUAAAGAAAACAGGGAAAUAACCGGCUGUAGCUUCAGAAUUUUUCUCCCUCAAGUAUUAAAACGAUUCCUGAUUGACUUUUUAGUUGAAACUGCUUUGAUGUACCUGAACUUUCCACUGUGUGAAUCCGAUAAAUGUCCAUCACGUCUUUAGAGAAACCUGCAGAGCUUUUCCACAGGCUAAAGGGACAGUUCACACUAACAGAAACCGUUUUGUCUUUGAGAGACUUUAAUUUAUUUUGGGAACGUGGAGAAACCUGGCUGUUACCUUUUGGGUGUUGAAGUUAUUGGGAUCUUUAAGAAUGUGUCUGUUUAUAAUCUUCAUUUCACUGAAACUGAACCCACAUCAGAUUUAAACUCCCUGACUAAAAGUGUAUGUUGGAAAACAAGCGGGACACUUUCAGAUCAUGACUUGGAUUAUUUCCUGUCCUGUAGGUUGUCCUGCACGUUUGAUGGUGGUAAAUAUGUUUGCUUGACGUCUGUAAGCAGUGUGAAGACUCAAACGAGACUUCUCCAGGAGGAUGUAAAUCACUGCAGCAGAUAGAUUGAAUGUAUUUUAAAUGUUGGAUUUAGUGUUUUUAAACGCAUCUAAAAGCAUGUUGAACAGUUCACAGAUUGUUUGUUUUCACUUUUAUUACUGGUGUUUGUUAAAAUCUGUCCAAAAACUAAUAAUAUUUUUGGCCCUCCAAAGCCCCGAAGAGUGAAGCUCCAAAAAAUAUUUCUGUUUAUCUGGUGUUACGCUGACAAAUGAAUGAAAUACAACUAAUAUUCAAAACCCACAGAGGGAAGCAGAGAGAUGUGCGCGCCGAGGUUUUGUUAGAAAGUUUGAUUAAAGGGCUGUCAGACUGGGAAUGUGGAUGGACAUGAAAUCAAUAGCAUGCUCUCAAUUGUCCUCACUGAUAUCUGUGUGUUUGUUUUCCCUCACUAUAUAAACUGAUAGCGGUACUUAUAUUCAAAGCAUGUAUUUGAGUGAACAGAGUGUUUAUUUGUGCAGGUUUACAGAGAGCUGGGGAAAGCAGUUUGAAGGCUCAGCAAUAUUACACAGACUGUUUGGUUGUUUCUGUUUACCCAUGUAUCUUAAUCUGGGGGGGGGGGGGGGGGUGGACAGGCUUAUUGCUUUCUAUUUCUCCUUUGUGAGUGAGAGUGCACAUAUUAUAUUGACAAUGUAACUGCAUUAAAUUAUUUAAUCUAAACUGA